AAAAAUAAAGGCAACCGUUAAGUUUGCGCUCCAAAUAUAAAUCAGAUUUCAUAAGUGAAUGUGAAAUGAAACUUGACAACUUGCAACAUGUGGACUAAGUAUGCCGACAAUGAAUAUUGAAAAUUGCCGAGAGCAACAGAAUUCAGCUACCGAAAUGUGUGCAACAACAACGUGGCUAAGUGCAACGACUAUUUGACAAGAGCUGUUAGUCCACAAAAUGGCCAUAGCGCAUGCGCAAAGGCAAAGUGUUGAAUAUGUAAAAAUUUGGAAGCAUAUCAAAUGGCGACGUGACUGCAAUUGUAAACCGAGUUUAGUAUUGUGAGAAAAACUGAGUAGAGUAGCAAGCGCAGGAAGUUGGCAAAAUUUCAGUUUUUCAGUGUGGGACAAAAAAGUGGAAAGUUUUGAGGUUAUACCUUUAAAUGUAAAUAUAGACAAGAGAAUAUAAGUGUAUGAAAAUUCGCGUUCAAUUGUGUGUUUAAAUCUUCAUGUAACAGUGUGUGAUCUUUUAGAUUAAGUAAUGCAUGUUGGGGCAAAAUUUAUUAGAAAAAUUAAAACAAGUGAAAACUUUCAAAUAAUACAAGUGCCGUACUUAACUGUUUUCAAACACUAAACCACUGUUGUGAUAAGAUAAAAAAAAAUAAGUGAACGCACAACUCAAAUUCAAAGCAAAGUUUCAGACAACUCAAACUAUCAGUGCCAUCAAUAGAAUUAACCCCCCUAGGAGCACCACACUUGCACCCUACGAAAUAAAAGAAGCUUCGAAACAUAUCUUACUGCUGCCAACAAAUGCAUAACGGAAUACUGUAAAAGCAGAAACCGUUAUAAGCAGAAACGAUAACGCCACCACCGAAAAAAAGGUUCCAAAAAGAAAUUAAAAAAAAAAAAUACUCGAAAAUUAAAAUAAAAAAUCAACAAAGCAAAGCAAGCAGCUAACCAAAUGACAAUAUCAAAUCGUUUGAAUCGCAGACGAAAUAUCAACAGUAAUAACGGUAACAAUAACGUUGCUGGCGACACUGAGUUAUUGCUGCAAACAACACCAAAAUCCAUCAGCAGCCCAGCAGGCUUUCAACCUGAGAGCGGUGACACGCGGCGCAGCGCGACAGGCGGGCGUAUAAAGCGCUUGCAACGACCAACAACACUAACAAAUACUUCCGUGCUCAACCAGCAGUCGACGAGUAUAACAACUGAAAUGAACACAAACAUUGCUACAGUGAAAGAAAAUCCACGCGGCAAUCCGAAUACCGCCGCGCGCAUGACUAAAAUUCUGCCGGGGAAAUCGCUCAAAUAUGAGCGACUCAUAAAUCAAACGACGAGAACGCGCACGCCAACAAAGGCAGUUGACAUAACGUCCGAGGCGGCGGCACUAAAUGCCAACGGUAAUGAGUGGCUGGCGCAAAGGCAGCCUGAACAGAAACAGCAGCAGCAACAAUGGCGCUUGGAAGAUCAGCCAACGGCAGAGCCGUGGUACGAGCAUUCAUCUACAGCGCAAUCUAUAACGCCGGCCAGCACAGCUGCACCAGCCACACGUCUAGCUGCGGUAAGCCCAGCAUCGAGAGAGACGACGGCGGCGGCGGCGACGACGAUGAAAAAUUGGCAAACACAUUUGGAAGGCGCGGAAAUGCAUUUAUCACCAGCAGCCACAGUCAUAGCCACAGCUUCAGCCAUGGACGUAGUGAAUGCGAAUGCCAAAGCGACGCCGCAUGCCAAAGUUGGUAGCCGAAGAGGAAACGCUAGUGGAAAUGGUGGCAAUAGCUGGAGUGGCAAUUAUCAACAGCAGCAUCCGUAUCCGACGCCGUCAGCAACAGCGGCAGCAACAACAACAACACUGCAGCUAUGCACACAAAGUCGUCGGGGCAGCAGCAACAAUGGCGAUGGUUGUGGCGACUUUGCCAACAUGACCACCGGUAAUGGCAACAGUUAUGGCGGCGGCGGCGGCAACAAAACGAGCAGCACGAGUAACAAUGGCAAUGGCCGCCCUGGUAAUAGCUUGAAAUAUUUUGGCAAUAGUGACACGAGUAAUGGCUCAUCUGCGUCCGACACGGACGCACUCCUGCCCGAUGCUGAUGCCACAGCGCCCGCCUACCAACAUUCUACCACCACCACCGCUAACGCAAACACCAGCAGGCCAAACAAUGGCAACAGCAAUAGUAAUGCCAAUUUGGCGAGAAACAGCAAAGGUUUCUACCAUACCUUAACCACCACGACCACCACCAGCAGCGCCGGCGCCAGCAAUAACUACGAGCCAGCUGCCACAACGCAACCAAACUCUUCGCCGUCGUACUACACAUCGUCCGCGUCGCCAGCAUCAGCGCGUUCGGCCUCCUCACCCGCCGCUCUGUACACAUCCAACGGUGCCUCUUUAUUGGCAUCGUCGUACUCGGUGUCGGUGUCGGUGUCGGGGUCGGGGUCGGGGUCCGGCGCUGGGUACGGGUCAUCAUCCGGCGCCGUUGCAUUGGUGUGUAAUUGUUGCAGUCAUUUAAUUGCUCGCUGCUGCUUCGGUAUGCCUCUGUUGAAGGCUAUCAAUGUGCGACGGUGUGUGCUGGCGUUAUUCGCCAUAACGGUCGUUACGAUUUUUUACUACACUCAUUACGUCGAUACGGGCGUUUUUGUUGGGUAAGUAGUAAAUGGCAGGGCGAGCACAAAAAGCGAGCUUACACAAUUUUACG